GAUGGAGGCGGCGCCAUGGCGGAGCAGGGAUCUCCGGGCAAGGCCGAGCAGCCGGUGUGCACUUUUGCAUUCAAGAAGCCAGGGCGCCGGGGGGCUGCGGGCCGCAAGAAGCGUCCGCGAAAGGAGGCCGAGGGCCGGGAGGGCGAGGGCGGCGGCGGCGGCGACAGCAGCAGCAGCAGCAGCAGCAGCAGCGGCGGGGAGGGCAGCAAGGCGGUGCAACCGGAGACGAAGCGCGUGGCGCACAACCCCAUGAUCCAGAAGACGCGCGGCAGCCCCAAGGCCCUGGGGGGCGGCGGCGGCGGCGGCGGAGGCGGCGGCGGCAGCGUUGGCGGCGGCAGCAGCGUUGGCGGCGGCAGCGUUGGCGGCGACGAGCAGGACCAGGAGGAGCCCGAGGGGCUGGGCGUCAUGUACAAGUCCCCCCGCUCGGCCAAGCCCGUGGGUCCCGAAGACAUGGGCGCCACGGCCGUGUACGCGCUGGACACCGACAAGGAGCGCGACGCGCAGGCCAUCUUCGAGCGCAGCCAGAAGAUCCAGGAGCAGCUGCGCGGCCGCGAAGACGACAAGAUCUACCGCGGCCUCCACAGCUACCCGCAGUUCCUCAAGCCCAAGGACACGUCCCUGGGCAACGCAGCUUCGGAGCUAGUGCACAAGGGCCCGAUCCGCGCGCCCGAGCACCUGCGUGCCACCGUGCGCUGGGACUACCAGCCCGACAUCUGCAAGGACUACAAGGAGACCGGCUUCUGUGGCUUCGGCGACAGCUGCAGAUUCCUGCACGACCGCUCCGACUACAAGCACGGCUGGCAGAUCAAGCGCGAGCUGGACGAGGGCCGCCACAGCGCAGACCCCGACGACGACGACGACGACGACGACGACGACGACGACGACUACCGGGUGGCCGGCAGCAACGACGACGACCUGCCUUCCGGAUGUUUGAUCUGCCGCCAGCCCUUCCGGGACCCGGUGGUCACCAAGUGCCGUCACUACUUUUGCGAAGCCUGUGCGCUGCACCACUUCCGCACCAGUCCGCGCUGCUACGUCUGCGACCAGCAGACCCACGGCGUCUUCAACCCCGCCAAGGAGCUCAUGGCCAAGCUGCUCAAGGCCCGCGCCGCCCCGCAGGAAGAAGCCGCCCCGCAGGAAGAAGCCGCCCCGCAGGAAGAAGCCGCCCCGCAGGAAGAAAACACCCCGCUGGAGGAAACCACCCCGCAGGAAGAAACCACCCCGCAGGAAGAAACCACCCCGCUGGAGGAAACCACCCCGCAGGAAGAAACCACCCCGCAGGAAGAAACCGCCCCGCUGGAGGAAACCACCCCGCAGGAAGAAACCACCCCGCAGGAAGAAACCACCCCGCAGGCCCAAGACGCCUCUCAGGCCCAAGACGCCCCUCAGGCCCAAGACGCCCAGCAAGAAGAAGCCACCUGGCAGGUAGAAGCAGCCCCACAGGAAGAAAACACCCUGCAGGAAGAAGCUGCCCAAGGCGGGGCCAUCAAUGAUGAGCUCCCCUAAGAACCCCCCCCAGCAGGGGCGCUCCCUUAAGACCCCUCCAACAGGG